AUGUCGAAGGAAAAAGAUUUUUUGGCUGAUUAUCGGCAAUCUUCAGACGAAGAUUCCUUGCUGAAUGACAUUCCUUCUACUGUCCAUAAGGAUUCUACGCAGAAUUUGGAUACCCCUGUCGUUAUUCCGGAGACAGAGAAAUCCUCGUCAGACCUGGCCGACACCUUUAACCUGUUCAAGACUUAUUUAGACUCAAAGCUCAACACUCUGAAGGAAGAACUUUCUGUGGGUAACGAUUUUGACGAUUUGGCUAAGAAACUUAAGAAAGACGUUUCUGUGUCUUUAAAACACGAAGGAAACAAAAUUCAAUUUGAAUUCAAUUAUGAAAUUCUGAACGAUUUAUCUAAAGUACAGAAAAAGUUGUCAGUCAAAAAUUCUGUUUCGUCUGCCAUUAUUUCUUCUGUUAUUAACAAGAUUAACAAGAGAAACAAGCUCAUUCGUAUAGCAGAUAAAUCACCAGCGGGUUGGACCACUGUAAGAGAAUACGAGAGUGAUGACCUCGCCUCUAACUCGGACGACGAAAAACGUAUGCGACAGGCGGAGAAUAAGGCGCUCCGGGUACUCAGAGAGAAACGAAGAUUCAAGCCUUAUUCCAACAGGAAUGCAUCAGCGACAAUUUCUGCUCCUCCUGACCGUAGGCCUACUCCUUCUCAUCAGCCCUUCCGUUUCUCAAGGCGUCGUGAAGCAUCCCCAUACGACAUCUGUUACAACUGUAGAAAAUACGUGCACUGGAAGUCGCAAUGCACAGCAACCUCUAAAUCAAGUUACCAAUCUCAGGCCACAAACAAUUUAAGUAACCAGUAA